AUGUCCCCCGUCCACCAUAAUCACAUGCUCUACAAUCACUACCUCCAGGGAUUCCAACUUCCGGCGUUUCAGAACGGCUCCUGGGCGGUUCCUUCGGCGGUUCCGUCAGCGCUUCCUGCGCUGUCGCCCCUGCCGCUGCGCCAAGAGGGCGCCGACUCAGCUGCAGCCGACGCGAAGGCGGAAAUGCAACGUGUCGAUUCGUCGACGCACAUUAACAGCCUUGUAGCGCAGUACUCGUUCGCGCAAGCUGGUGCAGCCGCCGCCGCCGCCGCCGCCGCCGCCGCUUGCGCUGGUAGCCCGGUUUCCCCCUCCCAGCUCGUCUCACCGCGUACGGGCUGGCCGCACUUUGCGGCGUGCCCCCCGUUCAUGGGGCCCAUGGGACCGGUUUCAUACGCGCCUGGUUUCGGCACAAUUCGAUCCCCAAAGCCGGCUGAAGGAAGCGCCUCGGCCGGCGGUUCGUCGUCGAGUCACCUGCCGUCGUUGCUCGAGUCGCCUUUGCAGAGCGAGGUUCUGCCUGCUGAAUCCGACGGCGAGAGCUGCUGCAAAAUCGAGUUGCCGACGGAGCAGAUGGACGGAGAGGGAGAGACUGAAGCUGACGAAUCCCGAAGGCUUCUUUUCCCCUCAGAGCAACCAGCAACGGACGGUGGGGCGGAAGGGGCGGAGAAGGCGGAGCAGGAUUUGCGCGUAACUAAGGGGACUCGCGCCAUGCAGCUGUGGCUGGAGGGCGGGGCAGAGGGGGACGUGCAAGGCAUGGGCCCGUUUGAUUGGCUGGAUGAGCCCUCAGGCGCGGAGGAGGCAACGGGGCUUCCGCACUGGGUGCUGGCGGAGCUGGGGGAAGGGGGCGCGGGGAAGAAAUCGGGGGAGGCGGUGGAGGAGGAGGUUUACCGUGUGCUGUUCCGUGCUGACUCUAUGGAGAGUGCCACAAGCGAGCAGCAUGUUACGACUCCUCUGCAUGAGACCCCUUUACAAGCACACGAGGCCAAGGAUGAGCAGUAUGAGGAUGAAUCUACCCCCACGGGUACCAACAAGGCUGUAACUGGAACACCUGCAGGGGAGGAGCAGGGAUUAAAUACUGUCUCCAACGCAGGCAGUGCAGAUUUCGGGACUACGAGCAUUGGAGAUUUGGUGUUGGGAGGGCUUGUUGACAAGCCAAGUGCGCAGGUUCUAGAGGACAGCAGCACUGAGGACAUCUGGCACGAUGUGCUGAGGCAGGAGCACGUGGAGUACGUGGUGGCACCCUACGAAGCCGAUGCACAGAUGGCGUAUCUCUGCACCAGCGGCCUCGUGCACGCAGUAAUUACAGAGGACUCCGAUCUCAUCGCCUACUCCUGCCCGCGGGUCCUCUUCAAAAUGGACCACAUGGGGCACGGCGACGAGAUCGUAUACGCCAACAUAGGCCAAUCACAGGAGCUCGCUCUGGCAGAUUUCACCCCGCAGAUGGUCCUCGAGAUGUGCAUCCUCAGCGGCUGCGACUACCUCGACAGCCUUCCCAAAGUUGGCCUCAAAACAGCCCACGACUGGAUCCGAAGGCACAGGAACUAUCAGUCAGCGCUGGCUGUAGCGAAGCUGAAUGGGCGGGUGGUGCCAGAGGAGUAUGAGGGCGCGUUUGAGCAGGCGCUGCUGACGUUCCUGCACCACCGCGUGUACCAUCUGGCGGAUGAGCUCAUGACUCAUGUCAACCCGCUGCCUCCCACGCUUGGACCGGACACGGAUCUGUCCCGGUUCUAUGCACAAUACGCUGUCCCCUUUCCUCUCCAUCCACAUCUCAACAAUCCUUCUUCCCCAGUCCCUGUGGAUCCUGCUGCCAAGACGCAGUACCAACCACCACGAGGCUCGCGUGUAACGUCCUCUUUUGAGCCGCCUGAAGAAUACAUCCCCACGGCUCCGGCUGCCAAGAAACAGUUCCAACCACCGCGAAGGUCGCCCGUAACGCCCCCGGUCCAGUCAGCCUUCGAGCCGUCUCGUCCUGAAGCUGCUGCCGAGCCUGGCCCCUCUGGCUCGGCAAAUCAGCCAGGUGGAAACAGCAGCGGAAGGGGUGGGCGGUCUGUGAGGAGGUCAGCUGCAGGGCAGGGGUCUGCAGGGUCCACAGCAGGUGAAGGCUUGAUGGGAGCGGAAGAGGGCAGUGGUGAGCCGAUGGUGGGGGAAGACUUGGUGCAGUUUAUGGCAGGGACGGUACUGGAGGAGGAGAGGCAGCAGCAGCCACAGCAGGAGCAGCAGCCGGUUGCAGCUGGGCCAAGAGCAGCUGUUGCCCGUGUGUUCCAACGGUUCACUCCACCCCGCUCCAUUGCCGAAGCUGGGACCACUCCUGAGCCACCAUCGCAGCAACGGCAACCGUACAGGCGAGCAGCACCACCACGUGUCUCUGGAGAUAGGCAGGAGGGUACGCCAACUGAGUGGGACCAGUUUGUGUUGCGGGGUAGUGAAGGAGCCCGAGGAGAGGAAGAGAGAGCAGAGGACGGAAGUGAGCGAUCGGAGGGUGUGUUGAGAAGGGGCCGAGAUUUGGAUGAAGAGUGGGGCGUAAACGCAGACCUGGAUGCAGAUUUAGAUGAGCUGCUGCUGCCUCCUGCCUUUGACCUCGUGAAUGACGUGCCAGGCAGUCACGAGAUAAGGCAAGUAGGACGGAGGCCAGGAGGGUGGAGGGCAGGCGGAUGGAUGGGCAUGCGAGGGGCAGCAGGCGCAGCAGGAGGAGGAAGAGCGCGGGGAAGAGGAGGAGGGGUGGGAUUCGGAGGAGGACGGGUGGUAGGGCUGGGGGUGGGUGAGGCCGGCAGCAGCAGGCAGCAGGCAGAGGCGGUGUUUGACUCGCCGAAGCGGAUGCUGGGGAGCGGGCGAGGGGUGCAAGGGCGGGGAGUUCGAGGGAGAAUGGGGGCGGCGCACGUGGUGGUGCAACAGGAGAUGUCCUGCUCCACAUGUGUGCAUCUGGGCAGAGGCCGUUUUAUGCAGGUGCGGCCUGUCCAGACUCUCCAGUCGUCGUUUCUCUGCAUGGCAGGUGCACCUCCAGCGGACGCCAGUUUCUUCUCGCUCACAGCAACCCACACCAUCCGCACAACACACACUCUCUCGCACAUGCAAGCACACGCCAUGCAUGGCAUCGAAAUUGACCCAUUUGCCGACCCAUGGCCCGUGGGCCACAGCAGUGACCCCCUCCUCCCGCACGUCCUUCCAUCCAUCAGCCCCUUCGGCCCUGCCAGACCUUUUUCUGUGAGAGAAUUGCAAGGAGAGGCGGAGGUGGUGGAGGAGGAGCAGCAGCAGCAGCAGGAGCAGGAGAGGGCGGAGGAGAGUCCUUUCUUUAGGCCCGCCAGAAGCUCUUUCCCUUUUGCGCCUUCUCCUCUGCUGCCUCCCUCUCACUGCAGUGCUGCUGCUUCUCUACAUCGCCGCCCACCUCCUUCUCCUCUUCCUCGUCUUCAUCCUCGUCGUGCAACCACGGGUUUAUUCACUCCCACAACUCUAGCUUCCCCACCCUCAGCUGCUGCUGGGAAUCCGUUUGCUUCACACGUUCACCGCAGUAGCAUGCCUGGUUCCGCUGCAGCUGGAGCUAUUGUUCGCACCACAGCUGCCGCUGCCGCUGCCUCUGUUGCUGCUACUGCUGUUGCGUCUGCUGGUUCAGCAGAGGUGGAAGAGGGGUUGCUCUGGCACGAUCGGGGCUCUGGUGCGGCGGAAGGAGCAGAUGCACCAGGUGCAGAUUAUGCAGAUGCACUAGACCAGGCAGAUGGGGGGGGUGAGAGGGAUUGUGGAGAUGAUGGGUCUGAUGGGCCCAAUGGGGCAGGUGGCUCAGACAGGGCAGCUCGGAUAGAACGGGCUGGUUCUGCAGUGCAGGCAGAGGGUAUGGAGGAGGAUGAGGGGCCUGGUAGGGCAGGAUUCAAUGCACCUGGACGGCAGGGUCUUGUGUUCAGGAUGCCGGUAGCUGGUCUGCCUCCUGGUAGGGGUUUGAAUGCUGGUGCUGCAGGACGAGCAGCACGAGGUGGCAGAGGGAGGGGGGUGGGUGACGUUACCGGCACAGUGCGAGGGGAUCGCAAGAGAAAUCUGGCACGGGGGAGUGCGUUUUUCAGAGGGAAUGCUGCUGAGGGUUUUGAAGAUUGUGAUGCUGAGGAUCUGGGGCAGGCUGAGGGUUCUGAAGGUGGUGAUGCAGGCAAUGGGGAUGGAGAAGGGGAGCGUUAUGGUGGUGGUGGUGUAGAUAGAAACGAGUUAGGUGAUACAGGGGAUGGGGCUGCAGGGGAGAUGCACAUCAGGAGUGGGAGUAGCGGCAUGAGUGGACUGUCGUUUGCUACUGAUGUUUCACAUGUGUUACGGUACUCAGCGGUGGGGAAGGAUGCGAUGGGCAAGGUGGCUGCGAAACUGGCCAGCUUCAGACACACUCCAGCGGAGAACAAACCGAGAGGGAGGAUGGGGCGCCGAUUGGGGGGCUUGAAACGACAACGAACCGCUGUAAAAACAACCUUGGAUGGGUUUAACGAGCAUCCCUCCUCCAUCAUUCGGCUGCUGAAGACGGAGCUAGGGAAAGAGGAUCCGGACACGUCAGCAUGGAGGGACGGUGCGGAUGGACGUAGCGAAACCAGCUUUGGGGGAGACACAGAGGGGAUCAGAAUAGGGAGAAGUGGAGCAGACGACGGGGGGGAUGAUGUGGUUCAGCAGCAGCAGAAAGAGGAGGGGGAGGAGGAGGAGGAGGAGGAGCAGAGGCAGGAGGAGCAAGAGGAACAAGAGAAGCAGGAGGAGCAACAGCAGGAGGAGCAACACCAGCAGCCUCAAGACCAGGCCAUACCUGAUCCAACAGCCAAUCAUGGCGAUUCCGCUACUCCUCUCAUUUCCACCGACAUUCCCUCCCCUGACAUCCACACUCCUGCUUCCUCUUCUUUUUCCUCCUCUUCUCCGUUCGCGCCUCAAAAGCUGACGUGGCACCCACACCCGGACCGGUACCUGUUGGCAGUGUGCGUGCGCGGGCAGGUGAACCACCGCAUUCAACCGCAUUGCCUGCCUCAACCGCCACCUCAUCCGUUUCACUCCACUCACCUCCCCUUCUACUGUUCUCUGCCUGUCCACCCCACUCAUCUCCUCUCAACCCUCGUGAACAACCGCAUUGGCUGCCUCUACCGCCACCACCUCAUCCUUUUUCGCUCCGCUCAACUUCUACUCCCCUCUUCACUUGCACCCCACCCCUCUCCUCUCCCCCUGCGUGCCCAUCAGGUGAACAACCGCAUUGGCUGUCUCUACCGCCACCUCAUCCUCGCAGCCCUGCUCAACCGCACGCUGCUCGUCCCGGCCCGCCUCCCCUCCCUCACCCCGCUGCUCUGCCAGCGGGGCACAUCCGGCCGCGCAUGCCCCUCCUACCCGCUCCCCCUCUUCUUGGACCUCAACCACACGAGACGCUGCCUGGGUGCCGCCUCCGUGAUCAGAUCAGACGAGUUUGCCGCCCGGUUCGGCCGCCCAGUGGAGGUGAACCACAUGCGGUGCUGGCACGGGCCGGAGGGGCUCUGCCACCCGACGUAUCCCAUAGUGAAGAAGAACUGUUUGGUGGGCACGGCGCUGAGUUACGUGGCUGAGAAUCUGCGGAAGAAGUUUGGCGGGCGGAGAGUGGCGAGCGAUGUGGUGCAUGCGAUGCUGCUCAACGGGUCUUCUCUGCAGCCUCACAGUGGCGUGUCUGAAGCUGAUGAGUCGUCCAAAGAUACGGAGUCAUUAACCUCGCCCUCCCUGUCGGACGAGCCCACAACUGUGGGAGACCACCUGCUGCAGCUCACAGGGAGAACGCUCAAGCACUCCUCCUCCUCUUCCUCCUCCUCCUCUUCCUCGUCCUCCUUUUCCUCCUCCUCCUCUUCCUCCUCCUCCUCUUCCUCCUCCUCCUCUUCCUCCUCCUCCUCUACCUCCACCUCCUCGUCCUCCCCUUCCAACCCUGCAUCCUCCACCUCGCUGCCGAUCCGUCCCACGCCCAUCGACCCCAUCCGCAUGAUAAUGCUGCACCAGCCUGGUGCCGUCUCCAUCCCGCCUUCCGCCACGGCCUCUGCGCUCUGCCUGCCGCGCUUCGUGCAUGUCUCUGAUGUGCUCCGUGCGUACGGCCCUCUAGGGGAGUCUGUGCGAGUGCUGGCUGUGGGGGACCUGGUGGGGACGGCUGUGCUGGGCCUGCCUCACAGGUACGCGCUGCUGCAGCAGAGGGCGCGGAGGUGGGAGGAGAGCGGGGGAAAGCAGCCGGGUGGGGCAGGAAAAAGGAAGGGCAGGGGGUUGGGUGGGAGAGAGGGGCAAGUAGAAGAGAAGGGGUUUCAAGUGGAAGGCUCAUCUGCGGCUCGAGGCAGAGAUGGAUCAUCUAACCUGGGGGAUGGAUAUUCCGGAGGGAGGAAUCUUUGGCUGGAUAAGGAUUUCGUCCGCCCGCCCGGUGGCCGGUGGCUGGGGAGUUCGGGCAGCGGCGGUCUCCGAGAUUGGCUUAGUAUUUUUCAGUUCCUGCCCGGGUGCCGCAACACAGCGGCCAUCAUCCCGCCCCCGGCGGUCUUCCAGCGAGCUCAAGCCAUCAUCCGAUCCCUCUUUGGUGCAGCAAUGGUGGAUGGUGGUGCAUCUGAUAUGGGCGGUUCUGCGGAAUCGGAGACAGGUCAUUCUGGUGGUGACGUCUCAACAGAGGAGGUUGGAGCAGGGGAGGGUAAAGCAGGGGACACUGGAGCAUCGACUGACGCUGACCUGCCUGUUCCGGCAAACCUGCCAGCAUUCCUGGCAGUGCACUGGCGGCGGGGCGACUUCCUGCAGUUCUGUGCGCGCUCAGGGCCGCCCGGCUUCUGCUUCUACUCGCCUGUGCAGGCCGCGCAGUGCGCUGCUGACGUGGCGCGCCGCAACGGGCUCGUGAACGUCUACGUGGCAACGGAUGCUGAAGACAAGGAGUUCCAAGAGUUUCGAGAGACAUUGGGUCCAGAGUUCACGGUGGCGAGACUCCCCUCUUCCCCAUCCCCUCUAUUGCCGGACCCGCAUCAAGAUCCUCUGUUGGGGCUGAGGCAUGGGGCUUUCCUCAAAGACGCAGCAAGCCUGAUGUACACCAUAUUGGAUAAGGUUAUAUGUGUUUACUCCACUGUGUUUUUAGCCACACCAUCAUCUACACUCUCUAACGAUGUUGCUCGUAUAAGGGAGGGGCUUGGCAUUCCUGCUGCGAUGGCUGCUGCUGCUGCUGUUGGAGCAGAGGAGGAAGCAGUGGGGGAGAGUGCGGAGGUGAGAGAAGGGGUUGAUUUUGGAGAGAGUACUGGAGUGGAGGAGGGAAGGGAUGGUGCUCUGUUCUUGUGGUCUCCCUCUGUCCUCCUCAUCCUUGCCCUCGCCUUCCUCCUCGCCGUCCUUUACACUCUUUUCCUGCAACCUGACUCGCUCCUAUCCACGGAUGCCGUAGACUUAUCCAUCGGAUCAGCCAAUGAGCUGCUGCCAGGUCAGACCCAGAAUGGCUCCCCCUGGGUGCAGGCAUCAGGCUCGCCUUCCACUACCAGUCACGAGCACAAUGCAGCGGACCCCGAACCUCAUUCCGACCCUGAGUCCGGCCCGAGCCAUCACGGCCCGGAUACAGUAGUAGCAGAUUUUCAUGCUGGGGUGGAGAAAGGCUCACUGGGAUCGGAGGGUGAGAGGGGGUCGCUGAGCGGUGGUGAGGGAAGUGGGAUCUGGCGUGGCAAGCUGGAGUGGACGCCACAGCCCGACAGGUUCCUGCUCGCCGUGUGCCUGCGAGGCCAGAAACCGCAUUGUCUGCCUCAUCCUUCCCACUGUUCUCUGCCCCUCCUCUCCACCACCCUCGUUCUUUUCCACCUCAACCCCCCUCCCCCCAGCCUUUCCACCCACAUCGUGAACAACCGCAUUGGCUGUCUCUACCGCCACCUCAUCCUCGCCGCGCUGCUCAACCGCACGCUCCUCGUCCCUCCAGUUUUGCUCUCCACGUCCCUCGCCUACUGCAAGCACGGCCUCUCCGGCUCCCCCUGCCCCUCCGUCCCGCUCCCCCUCAUCUGGGACCUCGCGCACACGCGCACGUGUCUGGGCGGCGACACUGUCCUGCGCACGGACGAGUUUGCCGCCCGGUUCGGCCGCCCGCUGGAGGUGCAUCACCUGCGGUGCUGGCACGGGCCGGAAGCGACGUGUCCGAUGGGAAAUCCUGGGCUGCUGAAGAACUGCUUGGUUAAUGACACGACGCAGGGGGGCGGUGGGAAGAGGAGAAGGCUGGCGGGAGUGUCUGGGGGAUUGAGGAAGCUGUCUCGAGUGGGAGUGGGAAUGGGAACAGCGGCGGCUGCUGUGAGAGGGUGGUUUGGAGGGAGUGAGAUGACGUGGGUGAGAGGGAGCAGGAGAAGAAAGCUGCUGCAGCAGCGGACCCUGCAAGACACCCCCUCCGCUAACCGCUCCCCACCGCUCUACACAGUCCAUUCCUUCGCCGACUCGCCCCUCCAAACCUCUGCGGCGCACCUGCACCUGUUGCCCCACCAGCUCUCCCCAGACGUGCACAUCAGCGACAGUGCCACGGCGUCAGCAGUGUGCUUCCCCCGCUUCGUGCACGUACGGGAUAUCCUCCGCGCCUAUGGGCCUCUCUCCGCCUCCAUCCCUGUGCUCGCUGUGGGGGACCUGGUCUUUACUGCCUUUCUCGGCCUCUCAGACAGGUACGAGCCCUUCAAGGAGCGUCUGUUUCGGUACAAACGGUGGCGUGAGCGCGAGGAAGCUUCACAGGAAAGGGAGGGCACCUCGACGAGCAAUUUUGAUGGCAUGCUGGCGAGCAGCAGCAGCAGCCAGGUGAUUCUGGAGUCUGACUUCCUUGGGCCAGCAGGGGGGCGGUGGCUUGGGAGUGCAGGAAAGGGGGGUCUGAGAGAAUGGAGGAGCGUGUUCCACUACCUGCCUGGCUGUCCGGUUCCCGUGCCCAUUCUGCCCCCCAAGGAAGUUAUUGAGGAUGGUAGGCGGCUCGCACAAGCCCUGUUUAAUGGUGGGAAGAGCGGUGCUGGAGGUGGCAGCGGGGGUGGGGCUGACGGGGGCAGGGAUAGCAGUUACGCAAAUGAUACACUUGCACCAGGGGCAGCAGGGGCAGGAGGGGACAAUCUUCCCGCCGUUUUACCUGCAACAGCAGGCGGUGCAUUGGAGGGUGGGGGAGGGGGGUACUUGGCAGUGCACUGGCGGCGCAGUGACUUUAAGGACUACUGUGUGUGGUCGGGGCCUCCUGGCUUCUGCUUCUACUCCGCGCAACAGGCUGGCAAGUGCGCUGCUGACGCGGCACGACGCAACGGGCUGAGGAGUAUUUAUGUUGCGUCUGACGCCAACGUGGAGCAGUUCGAGGAGUUUCAGAAGGCAGCAGGCACCGCCUUCGAAGUCAUUCGCUACCCCGACAACCCAUCAGCCUUCCUCUCAACCUUCUCCUCAGACCCGCUCAUUUCCAGCCUCCCCACCUCCAUAGAUCGGGAGGAAGCUUCCCUGCUCCUGCACAUGCUCCUUGACAAGCUCAUCUGUGUACGCGCUACAGUGUUCCUCGCUACCAUGUCGUCUACUCUCUCCAAUGACGUCGCUAGAAUGCGCGAGGGGUUUGGUGUGCCAGCAGCCUUAGCAGCAGCUGCUGAUCCUGGUGCUGGUAAUGCCAGGGAAGUGGCUGCACUCAAGGAUGCAUCGGGUGACGUUGGUUUGGAGUUUGUGGUGAGUUCGGGUGUGGAGGCACAGAGAGAUGGUGGGUUGUGUGAGGGUGAGAAGGUAUGGCAACCGCUGGAAGGGCUGUUUGGGUGGAUGAAGGACAUGAAAGCCAAGAGAAUUUUCGAGCAUUCAGCAGGAGAGUGGCGGAGAUGA